GAGUACUUCGAUUCCAUAACUGCAUUAUGAUACCAACAUGAAGAUCUAGUGAAUCGUCGAUUAAGAGCAAAUCUUUCACGUUCAAGACUCCAAUAAUGCAGUUACGGUCGUCGCCUCUGUAAACUGGUAUUCGAGUGUGACGAUUUUCACUCAGCUGUCGUUUCAAUUUGGCGUUGACUUGGGUUUUGUCGGAUAUCAUGAACACCUUCUCGAUCGGUGUCAUUACAUCACGGACUCGUCGUACUUGAAGAUUCAUGGCAUUUUCCAGCACAUCGGCCAUGUUUACAGUCUCGUACUUUUGCUGCUGUUGACGCAUCAAAUCGCCCAACAUUCGGCGAUCUAUCGUCAUGCGGAUCUCUGCAAAACACCUGCCCGUAUUUCAGAAACUAAUGUAAGGGCAAGGGGCGAUCUCUUCAGAAUCACUUCCAUCAAGUGCUAUCAAUAUCAAGGAUCAGUGCUUACAAGCAUCACUUCUGUAGACAUUGAUUUUGACUACAUAAUCAGUUCGUAG